AUGCCAAAUCUUGACUUCAGCAUUCAAUCUUGGGGCAACCCAUCAUCCCCCAAAAGAGCUCUGUUGUUACAUGGAUUGAUGGGAACCGGAGCAGUAUGGUUCAAGGUAGCUGAGAUUUUGGUCGCUCAAGGUCAUGGCUGGGCACCUCACAGCCGACCUUACAAUGUCCAAUCAAUCACUCAGCACCUUGCCGAUCAUCUCAGGAAUCAAGAUGUCCCGUACGAGGUCAUUGGCGGGGUAUCCUUCGGCUCUUCAUUCGCAUCCUCUCUGUACUCGUCGCUCCCGGAAAAUCAAAAACCCAAAAGACUAGUAUUAGCUGAACCAAUAUUGGAUUACCCACCAUUCACCAAAGAGGCCUUAGACGGGAUGGUCAAUUUCACCAAGGAUAUACCCUCGGAAGAGAGUAUACUCAAAGCCAACCCAGCGUGGAUCAGAGCCGAGGCUGUUUUGAGGCGAUUGAGUUUGAGUCUGAUAGAUCCGGAAGUUAUCGUACAAUUGAGCGAUGCCAUGGUCAAGGGCGAAUUCAGUCACUCUAACCUCCUUCCUUCCCAAUCUGCGUCCAGUUCUACUGAAAUUAUAAUCCUUGGUGCAGACCCGUCUGUGAAAACCGUCUAUCCACCUGAAAAUUCUGAGAGACUAGAGAAGGAAUAUCCUUAUGUCAAAUUCGGAUGGGUUAAAGGUGCAACACACGACAUGCACAAGAGUGAUGCCGGAGUUUUGGCGAAGGUUAUUGUGGAUGGUUUUGUAGGGGCGGAGAAGGCUGGGGUCGCAGUGCUUAGAGAGUAA